AAAAACCCUAAUUAAUGUGAAUUUUCCCUCGUAAAAAAAUGGAUCAAAUUCCUUGAGUUGCAAUUUUGUUUUGGUGCUGACGAGAAAGAGAUGGCGCGACAGAUGACGUCAUCCCAGUUCCACAAAUCAAAGACUCUCGACAACAAAUAUAUGCUUGGAGAUGAAAUUGGUAAAGGAGCUUAUGCUCGAGUUUAUAUAGGAUUAGACCUGGAGAAUUGUGACUUUGUUGCCAUUAAACAAGUCUCUUUGGAAAAUAUUGGUCAAGAGGAUCUUAACACCAUCAUGCAAGAAAUCGAUCUCCUAAAGAACUUGAACCAUAAAAACAUUGUCAAGUAUCUUGGAUCGUUGAAGACAAAGACUCAUCUUCACAUUAUUCUGGAGUAUGUUGAGAAUGGCUCUCUUGCAAACAUUAUUAAACCAAAUAAAUUUGGACCUUUCCCUGAGUCGUUGGUGACUGUUUACAUUGCACAGGUCUUGGAAGGUUUAGUAUAUCUGCAUGAGCAGGGUGUCAUACAUCGUGAUAUCAAGGGUGCAAAUAUUUUGACAACCAAGGAGGGCCUUGUUAAGCUUGCUGAUUUUGGAGUUGCCACAAAACUCAACGAGGCUGAUUUCAACACUCACUCAGUGGUCGGAACUCCUUACUGGAUGGCUCCGGAGGUUAUUGAAUUGUCAGGAGUUUGUGCUGCUUCUGACAUUUGGAGUGUUGGGUGCACUAUUAUUGAACUUUUGACAUGUGUACCUCCUUACUAUGAUCUGCAACCCAUGCCAGCCCUCUAUCGCAUUGUUCAGGAUGAUACCCCUCCCAUUCCUGAUAGUCUAUCUCCCGAUCUUACAGACUUCCUACGACUGUGCUUCAAGAAGGAUUCCAGGCAGAGACCUGAUGCAAAGACACUUCUCUCUCACCCUUGGAUACGUAACUCAAAACGAGCAUUGCGGUCAUCACUUCGGCAUAGUGGAACCAUCAGAUAUAUGAAGGAACCCAAUUCAAGUCCAGAGAAGGAUGGUGAAGGUAGUCAAGAUAUAGCUGAAAGCUUUUCAGCAGAAAAUGUGGAGAACUCGAUAAGCAAAUUACCUGUUAUAGGUGUGGCGAGUUUUAGGUCUGAGAAAGAUCAGUCUUCACCCAGUGAUCUUGGUGAAGAAGGAACGGAUUCAGAAGAUUAUCUUAAUUCAGAUCAAGGUCCUACAUUGUCUAUGCACGAGAAGUCUUCUCGUCAAUCUGGUACUUGCAGUAUUUCUUCGGAUGCAAAGGGGACAUCUCAAGAUGUAUUAGAGAACCAUGAGAAAUCUGAACGUGAUGAAAUACCUGGAAAUCUUGAAAAGGAAGCUUCUGAAGGUAGAAGGAAUGCUUUAUCAACAAAGCUGGUUGGAAAAGAAUAUUCUGUCCGGGUGGCGCAGUCAUCACAUAAUUUUAGCCAAAAAGGUGAAGAUGGGCUUCGAAAGGCUGUGAAGACUCCAUCUAGUUUUGGUGGGAAUGAACUGACCAGAUUCAGUGAUCCUCCUGGGGAUGCUUCUUUGCAUGACUUGUUUCAUCCACUGGAUAAAGUUCCUGAGGGAAAACCAAAUGAAGCCUCAUCAUCGACGCCUACUACAAAUGUAAAUCAGGGUGAUUCUCCUGCCGCAGAUGGUGGAAAGAAUGAUCUGGCAACGAAAUUGAGGGCUAGAAUUGCUCAGAAGCAAAUGGAGGGUGAAACGGGGCACUCACAAGAUGGUGGUGAUCUUUUCCGCUUAAUGAUGGGUGUUUUGAAAGAUGAUGUUCUUAACAUCGAUGACUUGGUAUUUGAUGAAAAAGUGCCCCCGGAGAAUCUUUUUCCUCUGCAGGUAGUCGAGUUCAGCAGAUUGAGACCUGGGCAGAAAGCAGUAUUUGUGACACAGCAUGGUUUCCUCCCUCUAAUGGAUCUACUUGAUAUUCCUAAAUCUCGAGUAAUAUGUGCCGUGCUGCAGCUGAUAAACGAAAUUGUAAAAGAUAAUACCGACUUCCUGGAAAAUGCUUGUCUCGUUGGUCUUAUUCCUUUGGUAAUGAGUUUUGCUGGUUUUGAGAGGGAUCGAUCUCGAGAAAUUCGUAAGGAAGCAGCCUACUUCUUGCAGCAGAUUUGUCAGUCAAGCCCCUUGACGUUGCAAAUGUUCAUAGCUUGCCGUGGAAUACCCGUUUUGGUGGGAUUUCUUGAAGCAGAUUAUGCCAAACACAGGGAGAUGGUUCACUUGGCUAUUGAUGGAAUGUGGCAGGUAUUUAAACUCAAAAGAUCCACCUCUAGAAAUGAUUUCUGCCGUAUUGCUGCAAAGAAUGGAAUUCUUCUUAGGCUAGUCAACACUCUUUAUAGCUUGAGUGAGGCAACUCGACUGGCUUCUAUAUCAGGGGACGCAUUGAUUUUGGAUAGUCAAACUCCACGAGCACACUCUGGUCAACUUGACCCUAACAAUCCUAUCUUUAGUCAGCGUGAGACUUCACCUAGUGUGAUUGAUCAUCCUGAUGGGUUGAAAACUAGGAAUGGGGGUGGUGAAGAGCCUUCUCAUGCUUUAACUUCAAGUUCUCAAAGAUCAGAUGUCCAUCAACCCGAUGCCUUGCACCUAGAUGGUGAUAGGCCUAGAUUAAGCAGUGUUGCAGCAGAUACCACAGAAGAUGUUAUACAACAACAUAGGAUAUCUCUUUCUGCCAAUAGAACAUCAACAGAUAAGCUUCAGAAACUGGCGGAGGGUGCGUCUAAUGGUUUUCCUGUUACUCAGCCAGAUCAAGUUCGACCUUUGCUUAGCUUAUUAGAGAAAGAGCCCCCUUCAAGAAAAUUUUCUGGUCAACUGGAUUACGUAAAGCAUAUCACUGGCAUAGAGAGACAUGAAAGUAGACUUCCUCUUUUGUAUGCAUCGGACGAAAAGAAAACCAGUGGAGACCUAGAAUUUAUAAUGGCCGAAUUAGGAGUCUCUGGACGUGGAAAGGAAAACGGAAAUCUCGAUACUGCAGCUAGAUAUUCCAGUAAGACGAUGACUAAGAAGGUUAUGGCUAUUGAAAGAGUCGCUUCUGCGUGUGGGAUUUCAUCUCAGACAGUAUCUGGUGUUCUGUCAGGUUCGGGUGUUUUAGAUGCUAGAGCUGGAAGUACCACAUCAUCUGGUUUACUUGCCCAUGCGCUGAGUGCAGAUGUCUCAAUGGAUUACUUGGAGAAAGUGGCUGAUCUGCUUCUCGAAUUUGCCCGAGCUGAAACGACAGUAAAAUCAUACAUGUGCAGCCAAAGCUUACUCAGUCGUCUUUUCCAGAUGUUCAACCGUGUGGAACCUCCUAUUCUGUUAAAGAUACUGGAAUGCACCAAUCAUUUAUCCACGGAUCCAAAUUGCUUGGAAAAUCUUCAGCGUGCAGAUGCAAUUAAGCAAUUGAUCCCCAACCUUGAGCUUAAGGAAGGGCAUCUUGUUUAUCAGAUCCAUCAUGAGGUACUUAGUGCACUAUUCAACCUCUGCAAAAUAAACAAGAGGAGGCAGGAACAAGCGGCUGAAAAUGGAAUCAUUCCGCACCUGAUGCUUUUCGUCAUGUCGGAUUCUCCUCUGAAACAAUAUGCAUUGCCACUACUAUGUGAUAUGGCUCAUGCAUCUCGGAAUUCAAGAGAGCAGUUAAGGGCCCACGGCGGUCUGGAUGUUUACCUGAGUUUACUCGAUGAUGAAUAUUGGUCCGUUAUAGCCUUGGAUUCAAUUGCUGUUUGCUUGGCGCAAGACAUUGACCACAAGGUUGAGCAGGCAUUUCUCAAGAAAGAUGCAAUUCAGAAAUUAGUUAACUUCUUCCAGAACUGUCCAGAAAGACAUUUUGUGCACAUUUUGGAGCCAUUCUUGAAGAUCAUCACGAAAUCAUCUUCAAUUAAUAAGACAUUAGCAUUAAAUGGAUUGACUCCGCUACUUAUUUCAAGACUAGACCACCAAGAUGCGAUUGCUCGACUUAACCUCCUGAAACUCAUUAAGGCUGUUUACGAGAAGCAUCCAAAGCCAAAACAGCUGAUCGUAGAGAACGAUCUUCCUCAGAAACUGCAGAAUCUGAUUGAAGAACGACGUGGUGGACAACGUUCAGGAGGCCAAGUUCUGGUGAAGCAAAUGGCAACAUCUCUCCUCAAAGCACUUCACAUCAACACCGUCUUGUGAGUGUACAUUUAUUCUCAUUUUUGCAGGAAGAAAAUUCACCACCAAAGUGUAUAUCAUCUUCUAUUUUACAACAGACUUGUAAUUGUUGGGUUGUGUGUCUCUUGUGUGUUUUUUACUUCUCGAGAGAUGCCAACACUUCUGGUUUUUGUAAUAUAUUCCUCAAAAGAAU